GAACACUAAACUGGACUGGCCGACCCGCCUGCAGAUGCCAAGCUUGUGUAUUCUAUCAAGUGUCAUCUUGUGUCUUGCAGCCAUAAUGGACAGUCUUGAUGAUGUUGAUGUGGAAAUGUUUGAAAUGAUUGGAAGUCCUGCCCUUGAUAUUGACGACUAUUUGAAAAAGUGGGGCGUUCAGGAGCUCAGUGAAAUUUUUAAGACAACGAAAUUGACAUCCAUGUCCUACCAGACCUCGAUGAAGAUAGCAUCAAAGAGCUUAUUCCAAAGAUGGGGAAGAGAAUCAAAUUUAUCAAAGGAUGGAGAGCAGAGGAGAAAAGACAAACCUAGCAUUGGUCCUCCUGCCAGCUAUUCUACGUGGAAGGAAAGUUUCUAGGGGUGUGUGCACUGUGCAGGAGACACUUGAUGCUUUCAUAGAUGUUCAGCCCGUGGUGAACAUCGAGGAGUAUUUGAAGUCUAUAGAUGGCCAGCAGCGUACCCAACCCUUUGUGAUGGCUAGAGGAAGCAAGCUGAAACCAUCUCAGACAUGCGUAAUCAUUGAACGACAUGCCAUCGAGACACCAAGCCUCCUCGCUGCUGUAGAUCUCGCGUACAAGACCACAUUUGUAUUCGAUGUUGAAUACCAGCAGCAUUGCCGCCAAGUGUGGAUCUUUCUGCAGAGUGUCGUAUAUGGCAUCGGGGAUGAAGGUCCAAACAUAACAGUUACUCCUAAAGUUCAUGACCUGAGGGCAUUUCUUGACACAAAAGACAUCAUCUAAACUAUGAAGCUCAGAUAAAAAAAAAUCUAGAGACUGUGGAGUCAAACCCAACAUUAUUUCUAUCAGCCUCAAUUUCAAGCAUAUUGUUCAUGCACCCAAGGAAAAGGAGGAGACCAAAAUGUACUGAACUAUACAUUUAAACCUUAUGUUGUCAACUUCUCUUGCAAGAGCUCUUUGAAAUGUGAAAAGCUACCUCUCAGCAUUGAUGGCAGGAAAAUUUGUUUUGAACAUGAAGAGACAUUUGAAUAUGAACAGUCUAGGAAAAGUACACUUUCAUUUCAUGAUUUUAUAUUCCAUUAAAAAUGGUUAUUUGUAUUUUAAUCGGACUCGAGAAGUAGCACCAAAGAAGCCCUGUAUUUAGUUCUGCAAAGAUCCAAAAAUACUUUUUAAAAUGAAUAUUGACUGAUAAAUACAGAAUUGAGGUUUCUGCAGAAAAGUCACAUUUUGUUUUGACAAAUCAUAUGGGCAAGUGCUUUUUGACAUUAUCAUUCCUGUCACAAUUUAAGCGGAAUUGUUG